AUGUUUCCCAUCCCCUCUGCUCUGCUUUGUACAACAAAGAUCCUGUGCAGCUUUGGUCCAGAACCUUCUCGUCUCUCAGAUUUGCCUCAUGCGUCGACCUCUCGGGUGGAAAAGGUGCGCAUCGCCGAACUACGCCUCCAUCCAAGCAUGAAAUGUUGGUUCAGCGCCCUGGCGCUCGUCUCAUGGCUGCUGGUGGCUGUGGAUGCCCAGCUCAUCUGUUGGCAUGCCCUGCUCCGCUGCCACGACGAGCCGGAGUGUGAACUCGCAUACAGUCAGUACUUAGCGGCCUGCGAGGGUAUUAUAGGGGGCACCAGGAAGCAAUGUCCGAGCCACUGCAUCAACGCACUGAUAAGGCUCAAUCACACCCGGAGUGGGCCGGACCUGGAGACGUGCGACUGCGCCCAGGACUUGAAAUGCGUCAACGCCAAACGGGCGAUCGAGCCUUGCGUGCCCCGGAGACAUCCGGGUGACGCCGGCGGGAUCGGGUGCACGGAGGCCCGGCAGCGCUGCGAGGAGGACAGCGGUUGCCACUCCUCCCUGACCGCCUACCUGUCAUACUGCGGACAACUCUUCAACGGCCGGAAGUGCUCCGCCAAGUGUAAAGCCACCAUUCAGCAGAUGCUCUUCAUCCCCAAUGGCGUGCUGCUGAACCGCUGUGUGUGCGACGGGGUGGAGAGGCCCUUCUGCGAGGUGGUGAAGGAGAACAUGAGCAAACUGUGCUCCAUCGGGGACCAGAGUGUGAUUUCGGACCAGCCGGAUGUGGAUUAUAUCUAUGAGGAUGAAGACUAUGACAGAAGUGACAGAGAAGAGGCGUACCCGGACGAUUUUUCUGGUUCAUGGCAGUUGUCUUGCUACGUGCCGCUCCUGUGUCUUCCUCUAGCAUGGAUAUUAUACUGA